CAAGCCACAACCACCACUCACUAACUCAUGGUAGUGGACUGGCUAGUUGUAGCAUCUCUCACGAUCUGAGCUCAGAAAGAUACCAAAAUGAAGACCUUUACAGUUCUGAGAACCCAAUUCUACCUCCCAACAUUCACCAAUCUCACCAACUCAACCGCUAACCCUUCAUUUUUUAUCCCCAUCAAAACCACGUCUUGCCUAAAACACCCCACUUCCCAUUCACCUUCAAGAAUUGUCACCUGCACAAGACAAACUCUGGGGCACUCUACAGAAACCUGCCACAUAGACAAGCCCUUAGUUUUAGAAUCUGGAAGAGAGUUUCUUCAAGUUUUGCCAGAUGGGUAUUCAAGGUUUUUGUUGCUUGGAGCUGUUUCUGUAGGAUUUGCUUUGUUGUUUAUGGGAUUAGAUGACCAAAAGGCCUUGGCUUUGGGGCCUGAAGGUCCUUUAGUAGAAGAGUUCUGGGAAAAUGUUAGGAGAUAUGGACUUUAUGCUCUUACAGUGAGUACUGGUGCACUUUACACCAUCCUUUUGCCCAUAUUUGAGUUGCUGAAGAACCCCAUCUCUGCAAUUCUCCUUUUGAUGAUUUUGGGUGGUAGCAUCUUCCUUAUUUCUCAAGUACUUUCAGCCAUGGUUGGUGUCACUGAAUUUAAUUAUGAUUAUAGCUAUUAGAUUGAGAGUAUAGUUUUGGUUUUUCUAUGCAGAUUUAUUUGUGUACUUAAUUUUGCAGCCUUAUUUUCAUUUUAUAUAUGCAAACAGCAGAUAGAAGGCUGAUUAGCAUGGGCCAAAUGUUGUGUUAAUCAAAACUCAACCAUUGUUAAAGACUAGAAUGGCAUUGCAACA